CUUUGGCAUCUAUGUGAAACAAUGCCCACACGUUUAUUCUGUUUUCGGUCUGACUUUGAAGUUUUGUGUGAGGCAUGCUAAUAGGCAAAGCGGAACGCGUUUCAAUGCGAGCAAAGCACGUCCAAACAAGUGAAUUGAUUUUGAUUUCUAUGUGUUUUUAGGGUAAACGAAGCCUUUGAAAUAACUGGAACAUCAGAGACAAGAAGAAACAAGGCUUUCAAUUUGAUCGAAACUACAGAGAAAAUGUUUGAAUUUCAAUUGCUUGCCGAAAUUGAAAGACGACCAUUUAUAUACAACAAAAACAAUGUUAAUUAUCGCAACAAACGCCGCAAGCUUAAAGCUUGGCGUGAAAUCGCCACCAAUCUUGGAAAAUCGGUCCAGCACUGUCGCUUACGAUGGAAGACAUUACGUGAACGUUAUGUUAAGGAUCUUAAGACGGCACCCAACUCGAGUUGGAAAUAUUUUAAUGCAAUGUCGUUUUUGAAAGAAUAUCUUCUUUCCACUGGUGAAAUUGUUGAUAUUGAAAACAAAGCCGAUUCAGGAGAUCUCUUGCUUGCCAUAAUAGAGGAAGUUCAACGAUAUAGAUUCCUUUACGAUACGGAUCAUCGUGACUAUGAUAAUGAAAAAUUAAAAGAUGAGGCUUGGCUAAGAAUUGCCAGGGCUGUAGAAAGUCAAGCCGAGGAAUGUCGCAUGCACUGGAAAUCGUUAUGUGAACAAUUCAAGACAGCCUAUAAGAACGAAGACAGAACUAUGUGGAAGCCCUACUAUACGGGAAUGUUAUUUAUGGUUGACUUUUUGAAUACAGAGUCACCUCCUAGUACACCUAUAAUAAUUCCAGCUACCUCAAAUAAACCAAAGACAAUGGUUAUUUGUAAUCAGGGAGGAGAAGAUUUUAAUGAAUUAUUAAUAAAAUGUGUGAAAAAAUAUAGCAUUUUAUUUGAUCACAAUCAUAUUGAUUACAAUUCCAAAGAACUUAAGGAUCAGGCGUGGUCAAAAAUUGCAAACGAAUUGUGUGAAUCAGUUGAGAAAUGCCAGAUACGAUGGAGAUCAUUUAGAGAACGUUUUAUUAUAUACAUUAAGAAAAACAAGGAUCCCGAAAAGUGUCCAUGGAAAUAUGCCAAUAUGAUGGAAUUUUUAAGGAAAUAUAUCAGUGAAUAUGAAAUGAAGAUGACAAGUGCGGAUUUUGACCCAAACAGAGAGCCAUUUGAAUACAUCUUAAUCGAAGAGGUUAAAAAAUAUCCCUGUAUAUAUGACCGAAGCAAUCUGUAUUAUCACAAUCGAGAGGUAAAAGAUCAAGUUUGGUGUCAAAUUGCAGUUUGUGCUCAAAAUACAGAAGAAAGAUGCCGGGGUCGUUGGAAAUCAUUGCGAGACCGUUUUGUCAAAGAAUAUUUUAGAGUCGUAUCGAUAGGUGAUGAAUCUUCAUGGAAAUACUACAAUGAUAUGCGGUUUCUCUUAAAUUAUCUUGAUACUGUGAAAAGCGAUGAAGAAAAACUCGAACGAACGUUCGAAAACAAAUUAAUAAGCGAAGUUCGAAAAUAUGAGUACAUGUAUAAUAGGGACCAUCUGGAUGGACGCAAUAAGGAACUGAGGCAAAGAACUUGGACUCGUAUUGCAACAGUGGUGGGAGCAUCUGCGGAGCAAUGCAAACGUCGUUGGAAAUCCUUAAGAGAUGUUGCCCUGAAGGAACACUGGAAAAAAUUGCAGGAUAGAAAUUACAUAUCUGUUUGGAAGCACAUGGAAAAUAUGUUGUUUGUAACGCUAUACACUGUACCACAAAGAAAGGUGGACUACAGUUUCGCCCGAGAACCAGCAUCUCCAUCACCACAACCAACACCACCAUCAACAAAAAAAAUAAGUCAACGUGAAAUGUAUUGCCGGACAUGUGUGCAACAAAUUCGAAAAGAGGAUGGAACUUCAAUAAAUAACGCCACAAGUUAUGAUAUUUUCGAAACAGUCGAUCUCAUCGAAAUGUUAAGAAUGUGUCUCAAUCAAAACAUUCAAUCCGCUGAUGAAUAUCCCCAAUCGAUUUGUGAAAAAUGUUAUAACAAAAUUCUUGAUUUCUGUCAAUUCAAGUUGAUGUGUAAAAAUUCGCUGGAAAAGUUUAAUGAUUUGGUGAAAAAUACAAAGCAAAUGAGUGCUACGAAUAAUAAUUUUGGUGAUUCUAUGGAUAGGGAUAAUGACAACAACAGUAUGGAUUUCAGCACAGACGAAAAGUUUGCAGAUAACGAAGGACUCUUGCAUCAAGUAAAAUGUGAAAUAUACGAAGUUGAAGAUAGUAUGGAGAAUGUGAACUAUUGCUCACGUUUUGACAAUAAAGAUGGUGUCGAGAGCAAUGACGAUGAUGAACAUCCUAGAAUUAAAAUUGAAUUGGAUGAAUAUAAAAUCACAGAUCCCCUAGCCAUAGAAAACAAUUUGUCAUGUGAAAAAGCUCAAACGAAGGAGGAUGAUAACCACCAAUAUAGACAAACGUCAACGAAGACGACCACUGCGAAUACUUCGACCCCCACCAACAGUUAUUCGACGCGUAAACCACCCUAUAAAUGUGAUCUAUGUUCAAAAGUUUUCACACUAUAUUUUCGACUGCAAGCCCACCGAAGACAGCAUAGAUUUUCCAUGGCUCAAGACUACCGCUGUACCUAUGAAAAAUGUCUUCGUUCGUUUGCCACAAUCGAACGGUUGCAAAUGCAUCUGGACGAUCAUAAGAAUGAGCACAGCUUCAAGUGUAACGUGGGCGAUUGUGAGAAAGUCUACAACACUCAUUAUAAUCUAAAUCAACACAAAAUGUCGGCGCACAAAUGUGAAAAGGAGAAACCCGUAUAUGCUUGUGAAAAAUGCGGUAAAACUUAUGAAAAUGCCAUUCAACUGAAAGCCCAUCGUUAUAUACACAAAGACGACUCUCUAUGGCCAUAUGUAUGCGAUGAGCCAGGCUGCAAGGCAAAAUUCAAGACCUUGUCACUCUACAGGAUUCACAAAAGACGCCACAGCGGCAUAAAGAAUCACAUAUGCCAAUAUUGUGGGCAAGGCAAGUACACAGCCGGUGAAUUAAAUCGUCACAUGAAUAUUCAUACAUUUGCCCGUAAAUAUCCCUGUCCUCAUUGUCCAAUGGUAUGCAAAAGUUCAGCAUAUCGUAGAUUACAUAUUCGAAAAGUCCAUAAACAGCCAGAAGAGUAUCCAUGUCGUAGAUGUGAUGCACAAUUUACUUCAGACCUAAGUAGGAAACAUCAUGAGUUGUCACAUAAAGGUGUCAUAGGUUAUCCGUGUGAUGAAUGUGACCAGAUAUUCAAAUGGAAAACCGCCUUAAAAAGACACAAGAAUCAAUCGCAUACGGGCGAAGAAAGGCCAUUCGAAUGCGAUAUAUGUGGUAAACAAUUUGUUUGGAGGAAAUCUGUAAAGAAACACAAAGAGACAUGUCAUAAAGAAGAUAAUGAUUCUACUCUUAAAGAACAGAGACAUUCAUAUCACAAAGCUAAAGAUAAGUCGGAAGAUGUGGAGGCUACAGAUAAGGUUACCACCAUCAGGGAUGAUGUGAGCAAUGACACACCAAUAAUUGUGGAGACAAAUGAUGUUAGCUAUGCGGAUGAUGAUUUGUUGAUGGCUGAUAUGGUCGAAGAUGUGGAGUAUCUUAUUGAAGAAGAUGAAAACUAUGUGGAGUAUUUACUUGAGGAAAUUGAAUAAAGUGAAAAAGUGUUUAUGCAUUCUUGAAAAAUGUUUAUUAAUUCCUUAACCGAUAAAGUUAAAUAAUGUUAGUCAAAGGAAAAGACUGUAAAUAAAUAUUAAAAACCAAAAUUUUGUCACAACCAACAA